GUCGGGGUGGCCAUGGUGCUGCUGCUGCUGGUGGCUAUUCCACUGCUGGUGCACAGCUCCCGCGGGCCGGCACACUACGAGAUGCUGGGUCGUUGUCGCAUGGUGUGCGAUCCGCAUGGGCCUCGAGGCCCGGGACCUGACGGCACACCUGUUUCCGUGCCCCCAUUUCCACCAGGCUCCAAGGGAGAGGUGGGCCGUCGCGGGAAGGCCGGUCUUCGAGGGCCCCCGGGACCGCCAGGUCCCAGAGGGCCACCAGGAGAGCCAGGCAGACCAGGUCCCCCGGGCCCUCCUGGUCCAGGCCCUGGUGGGGUGGCGCCCCCUGCCGGCUACGUGUCUCGAAUUGCCUUCUACGCGGGCCUGCGGCGGCCGCAUGAGGGUUACGAGGUGCUGCGCUUCGACGACGUGGUGACUAAUGUGGGCAACGCUUACGAGGCAGCCAGCGGCAAAUUCACCUGCCCCAUGCCUGGUGUCUACUUCUUUGCUUACCAUGUUCUCAUGCGCGGCGGCGACGGCACCAGUAUGUGGGCUGACUUGAUGAAGAAUGGACAGGUCCGGGCCAGUGCCAUUGCCCAGGACGCAGACCAGAACUAUGACUACGCCAGCAACAGUGUCAUCCUGCACCUGGAUGUGGGUGAUGAAGUCUUUAUCAAGCUGGAUGGGGGGAAGGUGCAUGGCGGGAACACCAACAAGUACAGCACUUUCUCUGGCUUCAUUAUCUACCCAGACUGA